UAACUCAAACACAAUCACACUAAACUCAAAUCACUUUCAAAAAAUAUUACUUCUCUUAGGUUCAUCAACUAAAAAAAUGGCUUCACUUCGAUUUUUAACGAUUAUUCUCUUCUUCAUUUUCGCUAAUCAUUGUACCUCCCGUGAGCUUCAAGAAUUAACAAUAGUGGAAAGAUAUGAUCAAUGGCUUGCAGAGUACGGAAAGUCUUACAAAAAUGGCGAAGAGAAAUUAAAAAGGCUUCAUAUAUUCAAGAACAAUGUCGAGUUCAUUGAAAAAUUUAAUGCUGGUGGUGAGGAAUUAUAUAAGCUUAGUAUUAACCAGUUUGCAGAUUUAACUAAUGAAGAGUUUAGAGCUUCGUGGACUACUUAUAAGAGACCUGUAGCUGGUAGUUCAAUAAUGUCUGCAACACCAUUUAAGUAUGAAAAUGUUACUUAUCCACCUUCUGCCGUAGAUUGGACGCAAAAACAUGCUGUUACUAGUGUCAAAGAUCAGGGAACUUGCGGAAGUUGCUGGGCUUUCUCAGCCGUGGGAGCAACAGAAGGACUUCGCAAAAUUACAAAAAACGAUUUAACAUCUCUAUCAGUACAAGAGCUUGUAGAUUGCGACACUAAUGGUGUAGACAAAGGCUGUAAAGGUGGUUCAAUGGAGGAUGCUUUUAAGUUCAUUAUAAACAACCGUGGAAUCACCAGUGACAUUAAAUAUCCAUACAAAGGAGCUGGCCAAAAAUGCGACCCUAAAAAGGUGACUUCGCGAAUUGCAACGAUCACUGGAUACCAAAAAGUUCCGGCGAACAGCGAAAAAGAUUUGAUGAAGGCGGUGGCUAAUCAGCCUGUGGCAGUGGCGAUUGACGCCGGUUCACCCACCUUUCAAUUCUACUCCACUGGUGUUUAUAGAGGAGCCUGUGGAACCAAUGCAAACCAUGGAGUUUUAGCCGUUGGAUAUGGCCAGACUAAUACACAGACAAAGUUCUGGCUGGUGAAGAAUUCGUGGGGAAAGAAAUGGGGAGAGAAAGGAUUUGUGAGAAUGGAGAAAAACGUGCAGUCCAAGGAAGGUCUCUGUGGCAUAGCCACAGAUUGCUCGUAUCCUUUAACUUAGUUUUUUUUAUUUAUUAUCAAUGUUUUAGCAAUAAUUUUCUUUUUUUUUUAGAAUUUCGAUCAACUUUAAAAUUUUGUUUUUGAUGAAUGAUAAUUGAGAAUGUAAUGAAAUUAAUUUUCCUUUCAAUAGAAAAAAUGCACUAUUAGUUUAUAA